AUGAGCAAGAUGAUGAUUCCAAAUCAACAACAACGAGACUUCACUUCUCAAGCCUGUUCAUUCCGAAGGAACUUUAUUUCAUUUUGGAAUGAGAAUAAACCACCAUCUUCAUCCGAUUAUAAUAACAACAACAAGGAGAAUGCAACAUCUGAUCAAAAACAAACAUCCACCACAACAGCACCAUCGGAAGAAACAGGAAAAACAAGCACCUCAUCAUCAUCAUGGAUUGGAGGAAUCAGUGGAGUACUCUCUACUGUCAAGGACACAGUUUCAUCAACAACCGAAACUGUGAUGAACGCCAAUGUUAUUCAAUACAUUAAUGAUUUAAUUCAUUAUUUGAAAAAUAUUAAUAUUACAAAAUUGGAAAGUGAUGCCAAGGAAAAAGCCUUGACCACACUGCAAGAUGCUACCAAGCAUCAAGAGCAGGUAAAAACAAACGAAUCUGCAAAAACUGAGCAAGAUGAAAACGAACAAAAAUUAUUACUCUCGUUUAAGGAUGUUUUUCAAAAUAAUGAUCAUCCCUUACAUCACAUGAAUAUUGAAAAGAGCGGACUCUCCAAGGUUUUGAAUUUAAUUCCCUUUUUCUCCUAUGUAGAAUUAAUGUUUAAAUAUGUAGUUUAUCAAACCAUGAAUUUGGUGUUUGAGGCUGUUGUGUAUGGAAAUUUCCUGAGCAAGGAACAAAAACAACAAGUCGUGAAUGAAUUUUCAAGCAUUGUUAUCAAAAAUUCAUUGGAUCCUAUGGCAAUGGCUAUAGAGCUUGUCGAGUAUUCGAGUCAGAAAUUGGGAGCUGACGAGAAUGUAUCGAAACAGCUGGCCUAUGUCACCUCAUUACUUCCCUACAUGAAAAAAGUUGCGUUGUUUGUAAAAAAAUUUAAAUAA